AAGAUUUUCAAGUAUAAGAUCUCGAGAAUCCCUUUCUUUCUUGCCCAUCCAUUCAUCUCAACCAGCAUCAGCUUCAUCAUCCAACACUUCCAACACUACAACCUAAACCUUAAUCACUAAUCACCACCACCCAACCAACCAAACCAACCCCCACCAAAUCUAUCAAAAUGGUCAACUUCACCCGCGCCGUCUCCGCCCUGGCCCUCGCUGCCACCGCCACCGCUGCUCCCGCCAACACCACCGCCAAGGCCACCGAGAGCGGUCUCACCUGGACUGUCAAGGACUUCGACUUCCACGCCGACUACGUCUUCACCACCCCUGCCCACCAGAACAGCUAUGGCUACGUCAAGUUCACUUUGACCUCCGACAAGACCGGCCUGGUCUACGGGUGCUCCGCCCAGUCCAGCCAGAUUCCCGAUUUCUUCUACGAGUUCAACGACGCCUACCCGUGCACUGCGCCCCAGGGCGCGGCUGAGGGCAUCAAGGCCAGCUGGGCCAGCUUCAAGUACAACAGGCCUGAUGGCAAGUUGAUUUUGGAGGAGACUAUCGUUCCUGCUGAGGGAGAGACUUAUACCGCUUCUGGAUCCACCACCAUCAAGACUACCUGCACCGAUGAGAGCAAGGGCCCUAACCCCAACUGGCAGAUUGGCGAGAACUACUCCGAGAGGCACAUCGUUUGCGAGAAGACCGAUGCUACUGUUGCUGGCACCGUUGCUUAAGCGGGUUGACUAGACACGGUUCCCUUGCCAGCCUAGACCUAGCAAGCUCGAGUAUGGGAUGUUGGUAUACAUAGAAUGUAAUGGAGUGGAACGAAUGAUGUUGAGUUGGAUGACAGGAGGUAGUGGUACUUAGAUCUGCUUUGGAUAGAAAAAACCAGCAAGCGAUUGUUAAUGAAAUCUCGACGGGUCUCGUCUCAG